AGAACUUCUCUAGAAGCAAGCGCACAUGCGUUCCAAAAUAAGAGCAAAUUCGCUCUAAAGACAGGAAAAGACCUGAAGCUUUAAUUAAGGAGUUAGAUCCAACCCCAGAGCGCUUUUGUGGGCACUGAUUGCUCCAGCUUCUGCGUCACUGCGUGAGGGAAGAGGAUCCAGGCGUUAGACAUGUAUAGACACAAAAACAGCUGGAGAUUGGGCUUAAAAUACCCACCAAACUCCAAAGAAGAGACCCAAGUCCCCAAAACAUUGAUUUCAGGGCUGCGCAGGGUGGGAGAGAAGCUCCAGUCAGCCCACAAGAUGCCGUUGCCCCCCGGCCUCCUGCUGCUGCUGCUCUCCGGGGCCACGGCCACCGCUGCCCUGCCUCUGGAGGGCGGCCCCACCGGCCCAGACAGCGAGCAUAUGCAGGAAGCGGCAGGAAUAAGGAAAAGCAGCCUCCUGACUUUCCUCGCUUGGUGGUUUGAGUGGACCUCCCAGGCCAGUGCUGGGCCCCUCAUAGGAGAGGAAGCCCGGGAGGUGGCCAGGCGGCAGGAAGGCGCACCCCCCCGGCAAUCCGCGCGCCGGGACAGAAUGCCCUGCAGGAACUUCUUCUGGAAGACCUUCUCCUCCUGCAAAUAAAACUUCACCCAUGAUUACUCACGCAAGUGUAAUGACAGACCUGAAUAAAAUGUAUUAAGCAGCA